UUACGGUGUCGAUUUGAUUUGGAGAGAUUCAAUCGAUUUGAUUUAGGGUUUUGAAUAUGCAAGGAGACUCGUCUCCGUUGAUAAGACCCAUCAACAGAAGUGUGGUUCACAGAAUCUGCUCCGGUCAAGUCAUCUUGGACCUCUCCUCGGCUAUCAAGGAGCUUGUCGAGAACAGUCUCGACGCCGGAGCCACCAGUAUAGAGAUAAACCUCCGAGACUACGGCGAAGACUAUUUUCAGGUCAUCGACAACGGCUGUGGCAUUUCUCCUACCAAUUUCAAGGUUCUCGCACUCAAGCACCAUACUUCUAAGUUGGAGGAUUUCACAGAUCUUCAGGGUUUGACUACGUUUGGUUUUAGAGGAGAAGCUUUAAGUUCUCUCUGUGCCUUGGGAAAUCUCACGGUGGAGACAAGAACCAAGAACGAGCCGGUUGCUACGCUCUUGACUUUUGAUCAUUCCGGCUUGCUCACUGCUGAGAAGAAGACUGCUCGCCAGAUCGGUACCACUGUCACUGUGAGAAAGUUGUUUACUAAUUUACCUGUACGAUGCAAAGAGUUCAAACGCAAUAUACGCAAAGAAUAUGGAAAGCUUGUAUCAUUAUUGAAUGCAUAUGCACUUAUUGCGAAAGGAGUGCGCUUUGUCUGCUCUAACACGACUGAGAAAACCCCAAAGUCUGUUGUGCUGAACACACAAGGGAGGGGUUCACUUAAAGAUAAUAUUGUAACAGUAUUCGGCAUGAGCACCUUUACAAGUCUACAACCAGUAAGUAUAUGUAUAUCAGAUGAUUGUAGAGUUGAAGGGUUUCUUUCCAAGCCUGGACAAGGUACUGGACGCAAUAUGGCAGAUCGACAGUAUUUCUUUAUAAAUGGUCGGCCUGUAGAUAUGCCGAAAGUCAGCAAAUUGGUGAAUGAGUUAUAUAAAGAUACAAGUUCUCGGAAAUAUCCGGUUGCCAUUCUGGAUUUUAUUGUGCCUGGUGGAGCAUGUGAUUUGAAUGUCACGCCUGAUAAAAGAAAGGUGUUCUUUUCUGACGAGACUUCUGUUAUGGGUUCUCUGAGGGAAGGUCUGAACGAGAUAUAUUCCUCUAGUAAUGCAUCUUAUACCGUUAAUAGGCUCGAGGAGAAUCCCGAGCAACCAGAGAAGGCUGGAGUUUCAUCUCUUCAGGAGAAAUCAAAUCUCCUGUCAAAAGGGAUUGUUCUUGAUGUCGGUUCUAAAACCAGCGUUGCAGAAGCUGUUGAAAAGGAAAUUUCUCCCUCAAGGGAGGCUGAGAUCGAAGAUAGUUCGGCAUUGGAGAAGUUCAAAUUUGACAUCAAGGCACGUGGGACUAAGAAAGGGGAAAGCUCUUCAUCAGUCAAUGAUGAGUCCCUAUCUGUAAUUCACUCUAACAAGACAGCUAGUAAAGCUUUGCCUCACUUUAAUGUGAUUGAGAAAGUUACUACUGAUGCCAGUAAAGACUUAAGCAAUCGCUCUAGCUUUUCCCAGUCAACUUUAAAUACUUUUGUUACUGUGGGAAAAAGAAAACAUGAAAACAUAAGCACCAUCCUCUCUGAGACACCUGUCCUCAGAAACCACACUCCUGGUUUUCGUGUGGAGAAAAGCAAAUUUGAAGUUCGUGCUUUGGCUGCAAGAUGUCUGAUGGAAAGUGAUGAGGUUGAUGGUAUGGUCGUCUCGAAGGAAGAUGUGACGCCAAACGAAAUGGACUCUGAACUAGGAGAUCGGAUUUCUCCUGGAACCCAUACUGAUAAUGUUGAAAGCCACAGAAGAGAACCUAAAAAACCAAUAUCUUGUGAAGAACCAGCAUCAGAUAACACACGCACCGAGGGGGGUACAGAAAGGAUUUUGGAGGACAAUCCACGUUGCAGCCAGCCACUGCGACCUGUUGCCACAGUGCUAGACUCCCCAGCUCAGUCAACCGGUCCAAAAAUGUUUUCCACAUUAGAGUUUAGUUUUCAAAACCUCAGGAAGAGGAGGUUAGAAAGGCUGUCGAGAAUACAGUCCACAGGUUAUGUAUCGAAAUGUAUGAACACGCCACGGCCUAAAAGGUGCUUUGCCGCUGCAACAUUAGAGUUAUCUCAACCGGAUGAUGAAGAGCGAAAGGCAAGAGCUUUAGCUGCGGCUACUUCUGAGCUUGAAAGGCUUUUCCGAAAAGAGGAUUUCAGGAGAAUGCAGGUACUCGGGCAAUUCAAUCUUGGAUUCAUCAUUGCAAAACUAGAUCGAGAUCUGUUCAUUGUGGAUCAGCAUGCUGCCGACGAGAAAUUCAACUUCGAACACCUAGCAAGGUCAACUGUCUUGAACCAGCAACCCUUACUCCAGCCUUUGACGUUGGAGCUCUCUGCAGAAGAAGAAGUUACAAUCUUAAUGCACAUGGAUGUUAUCAGGGAGAAUGGCUUUCUUCUAGAGGAGAAUCCAAGUGCUCCUCCUGGACGACAUUUUAGACUGAGAGCGGUUCCCUACAGCAAGAAAAUCACCUUCGGAGUCGAAGAUCUUAAAGACCUAAUCUCAAGUCUUGGAGAUAACCACGGGGAAUGUUCAGUUAUCAGUAGCUACAAAAGCAGCAAAACAGAUUCGGUUUGUCCAUCGAGAGUCCGUGCAAUGCUAGCAUCGAGAGCAUGCAGAUCGUCUGUGAUGAUCGGAGAUCCACUCAGAAAAAACGAAAUGCAGAAGAUAGUAGAACACUUGGCAGAUCUGGAAUCUCCUUGGAACUGUCCGCACGGACGACCAACGAUGCGUCAUCUUGUCGACUUGACAACUUUACUCACAUUACCUGAUGACGACAAUGGUGAUGAUGAUGCAGCCAUCUCACUCUCAUGAACUCAAAAAAAUAAAUAAUAAAGAGUUAAGUAUUUAGAGACGUGAGAACCCCCUAACAAUUAACACUCGGUUAUGUUUUAUGAAUACAAUUUGUAAAUAAAUUUUCUUGGUCACUAACGG